AUGCAUAGCAUAACAAUAACAUACAUAAACCUUGUUAUGUUCUGCCGCCACCAGCAGGAUCGCGUAUUCGUGAUUGUUUCCGAAAACCCUUGUCUCUGAAAUCAACACCAAAAUCGUGAAGUGUACUAAGCGAAGCCAUUGCAGGCGUGAGAAUGGGGAAGAAAGCAAAAGGGUCAAGGAAGGGUAAGAAGGCAUGGAGGGCUAACAUCAGCACCGAAGAGAUCGAAGAUUUCUUCGAGAAAUCAACAAAGGACGCUCUUUCUGGUGGCUCUCUCCAAGCCGUUUCUAGCGAUUCCCUCUUUUAUGAAGACAAGUCCAAAGAUCUUGCGGUGAAGAAGAAGAUUGAGAAGCAUAGGGAGAGAGUGCUCCGAUGUGAUAGCCUGCUACAGAAAAACCAGUUUGUUAAGCCUGUGCCAUCUUCUAUUCUGAAGAAGUGUUCUAAAAACCGUAAUGUGGCCUCUAAAUCUAACAUGAAAGAGGUCAAUCAAGAUGGUGAUAAGGAUGAUUCUGUCGUGUUUGAUCUAUGGGGUGAUAAAGGUGAGGAUAACAAGAAGGUGAAAAAGUUAUCAAAACCUGCUCUUAUUCCAGCAGUAGAGGUUGAUCCACCAGGCUGCUCUUUCAAUCCCUCACAUGAAAGUCACCAGGAUACAUUAGCUUCUGCUGUUGCGGAAGAAAUGCAAAAAAUCUACAAAAAUGAAUUGGGCCCUGAACCAGUGCCAUUAACUGUUCCUGGAGAAGCUAUUGCUGAAGAAGAUAUGUAUUUUCUUGAUGUGGACAAUGGGAGUGACAAUGAUGAAAGUACUCUUGAAAAUGAGGGUGAAAAUGAAGAUGGCACAUUGGAGAAAAAGCCCAUUAAAACAAAGAGAGUAACUAGAGUUGAGUUGAAUAAGAGAGCUAGGCGGAAAGAACAGCAGAAAAAAGAAGGAGAAGCUAAAAAGAUGAAGGAAUUGUCAAAGGAAAUUGAUAGCAUACCGGAAAUUAUUCAGGGAAUUGAGGAAGAAGAUGAGGAAAAGAAGAAAAGACAUCUUAGGCGACAAGUUGCUAAACAGGAGAUGUUAAAGACACGCCCACCAUGCUUAGGAAAGCACAAGUUUGAGCCUGCACCUGUUCAAGUUUUAUUAAGUGAAGAGAUAACUGGAUCCAUUCGGAAGCUCAAGGGUUGCUGCACCCUUAUAAAGGAUAGAUAUAAAAGCAUAGAAAAAAGAGGAUUGAUUGCUCCAGCAAAAAGAAGAAGGAAUUAGAGUUGUUGUUGGCUACCAAACUUAUGUCGCUCCAAAAAUUCUGGAGGCGUUGAUGUAUGGUAAGAAGAGAAGGUGAUGGAUGAAAUGAAUACCUAUAAAGUUUUUCUAAAGGAAGAUCAUGUUUCUCAAUUGUUUGGCCUAAUAUAUGUGUAUUAUUUUUAAUGUCAAUUUAUUUAGUAAGUGGAAAUGUCCACAUGUAUUAGAACUCCUUUUUGCAUCGUUAUAUUGCUUAAGAUUUUGUUCAGUGUUAUUUAAUAAUUUUAGACAUCAAAUAUCCAAUUGAAUUUUUUUAUGCCUCCAAGAUGAGGAAGUUGAAGGCUCUUGCUGCUGUCACGCUGGUGGCACUUUACUACCGUCUUAA